CUGGCAACUCAGGUAAAAGCCAAAGCGAGUUACAAAAAAAAGGCAGCCAACUGUUGCUGCUGGAAAAGAAGAAAAAUAGAAAGUAAUUCACUCAGUUUUUCGCUGUAAUUAUGGACCUAAAGCAGCGCACAUACCUCCUGGUGACCGGAGCAUCCCGUGGGAUUGGCCGGGAGUUCGCCCAGCAGCUGGCGAAGCGGAUAAAGUCCGAGGGAUCCGUGGUGGCGCUUCUGGGACGCAAUCAGCCCCUUUUGGAGGAGGCCAAGGGAGAGAUCCUGGCAGCAAUACCGGAUCUGCCCGUUCACACCUACUCCUUGGAACUGGAAACGGCCAAAGCGGAGGACUUCACCCAGAUUCUGGAGAGUUCUCGUGGGCAGAAGAGCUUUGAGCGAGCCAUAGUCAUCCAUAAUGCCGGCACCGUGGGCGACACCUCGAAGAGGGCCAAGGAAAUCGGGGAUACGGGCUUCCUGCAGAAAUACUACCACACCAAUGUCUUCUCCGCCAUCGCCCUGAACUGCGAGUUCAUGCGGGUCUUCCAGGGAAUCCCCAAGUUGGUGGUCAAUCUCAGCACCCUGGCUGCCAUUGCCCCCAUAUCCUCGAUGGCUCACUAUUGCACGGUGAAGGCAGCCCGAGAGAUGUACUUCCGGGUGCUGGCCACCGAGGAGUCCUCGAAGGACACCCUGGUGCUCAACUAUGCGCCCGGUGUGAUAGACACCCAGAUGACCGUGCAGGUCCAGCGGGAGGCCCACGAUCCCGCCGUGGCCGCCAUGUUCCGGGAGCAGAGGGAGGCCAAGACCAUGCUGACCACCGCCCAGACCACGGAGCGGUUCAUCAAGGUCCUGGAGGCCCUCAAGUUCAAGUCCGGCGAUCACGUGGACUACAGGGAUGAGCAGUUUUAGUUGGUUUAACACAUGUGCGAUGUACGGUGAUGGGGUUUUUGCAUUUAUACAUUAAAAAUAUAAGCAAUAGUGAAUGUUUCUAUUAAUCUCUUGAAGAAAUCCCCUUCUGUAAUGAUUUGUGAUUCACUUGGUUUUUCAUAUAUGCUAUCUUUAGUUGACUUCGUUUAUAAGUUAAUGGGAUUAGCUUGAUAACUUGAAUGGCUCAGAAACUGGCUUUAAAUACUACAUUUACCUCGUUGGGUACCAAAAAACUGAAUUGACAUUUAAAAAAAAAUGUAAUUUUAAACAAAACUUCAAGGUACAUAAUAAAUCUACUAAAAAAAGAGUA